AUGGAUAAGGAAAAAGAAUUGGAAGAAAUUUUUGGAAACGACGCAGAUGAGCUGUCCGACGUCUUGGAAGAUUAUUCCGAUUUCGAUAACGCAAGUUCUGAGGACGAUGUAAAGAAACAGCCUGCAAAGUUAAAACAAAAAAGGUCUCCAUUACGACAUACUCCGGAAAGAGACAGAGAUGAUGAGGAAUAUGUUCCUGUACCUUUAAAUAAAAGACGUAGGAAAACAAAUGAAUCUCGAAAACGACGAAAACGCCAUGAAAGGAUAGAAAAUGCGGGUGAUCUAGAUGAUGAUGAAUCAGGAAAUGUUGAACCCUCCUUAGCACCGUUAAUGGCGUCCAAAGCCUUUGUUGAUCGUGAUUUUGAUGAGAUUCUACCAAAAAGAAAAGGCCGAUCAAAGAAGAAUGAUAUUGAACUUGAUAAAAUGUAUGAUGAGCAGGCUUCAAAAGUUUAUCAGCGAAUGAUGGAAGCUGGUGAAAAAGAUAUAUCUCAAAAUGCCCGAGGAGCUCAUUCAUCCGAAAAAAAUCAAGUUCAAUCGUGGGUUAUGGACAAAUUGGAAAAAGCGUACCUUAGAGAAUCAUUAUUAGAACACAAUAUAUUGGAUGCAAUUAAAUUGUGGCUUGAACCGUUACCAGAUCGAUCAUUACCAAGUCAUAAUAUUCAAGAAGAUUUAUUAAAAUCAUUAAAUGAUUUCAACAUCACGACUGAUCACUUAUUAAGUUCUAAAGUUGGUCGUAUCGUAUAUUUUUACACAAAAAGUCCUCGUAUAAACAUAAAUAUUCAAAGACAGGCACAGCAAUUGGUUGAUAAAUGGGCUGGACCAAUCAAUGGAGAAUCAAGUAAUUAUAGGGAAAAGAUUAUGAGAAUGGUCCAUGAAGCAAAUUCGUGA